CACCAGCACAGCACAAAACUGGGUCUUGCGCGUUCAGGCUCGGCACUCUCCCACCAGACGCCCUCCCUCAGCAGACCCGCGCCCGCCCGGCCGGCUCCCGAUGGCGCCCCUCCCCUGCCGCGACCUCCACGCUCGGCUGCCGACGCUCCCCCGCCGCGCCACCGCCCACGCACAGGUCUCCUUCCCGAGCGGCGCUCCGGCCCCUCGCCGGCCACUUCUCACCUCCACCGCAAGCACGAGCGCGAGCACGCCGCUGCGGCUCAUCCCUCUGGCGGCCACGAGGGACGAGGAGGAGGUCGCCUCCCUCGUCGGCCACCUCGAGCCGCACGGCGUCGCGCACGGCGGCCAUCAGCAGCAGCACCGCGACGACGUCCCGCAGGAAGAGGAGGAGGACGACGACGCUCGGCGGCGCGGCGCGCGGAAGCACCGGGAGGAGCUGCCGGCGCGGUGGCGCGAGAUCCACGGGCGCGACGACUGGGCGGGCCUCCUGGACCCGAUGGACCCGCUGCUGCGGUCGGAGCUGAUCCGGUACGGCGAGCUGGCGCAGGCCUGCUACGACGCGUUCGACUACGACCCCUACUCCCGCUACUGCGGCAGCUGCAAGUACCCGCGGCGGGAGCUGUUCGAGCGGCUGGGCAUGGCGGGCGGCGCGGCGCGCGGGUACGCCGUGACCCGGUACCUGUACGCGACGUCCAACUUCCGGUUGUUCCCGGCUUUCUUCCCGCAGUCCCGCGCGGGCGCCAAGAUCUGGAGCCAGAGCGCCAACUGGAUCGGGUACGUGGCCGUGUCGACGGACGAGGAGAGCGCGCGGCUGGGGCGGCGCGACGUCGCCAUCGCGUGGCGCGGCACGGUGACGCGCCUCGAGUGGGUGUCGGACCUCAUGGACUUCCUGCGGCCCGUGGCGGAGGAGGGCAUCCCGUGCCCGGACCCGGACGUGAAGGUGCUGGCCGGGUUCGCGGACCUGUACACGGACCGGGACCCCGGCUGCCGCUUCUGCAAGUACUCGGCGCGGGAGCAGGUGCUGACGGAGGUGCGGCGGCUGGUGGGGCGGUACGCGGCGCGGGGCGAGGAGGUGAGCAUCACGGUGACGGGGCACAGCCUGGGCAGCGCCCUGGCGAUGCUGAGCGCCUACGACAUCGCCGAGUCCGGCGCGAACGUGGCCGUGGCCGGGCGGGCGGCGGCGCCGGUGUGCGUGUACUCGUUCGCGGGGCCGCGGGUGGGGAACGCGGCGUUCCGGCGGCGGUUCGAGUCGGAGCUCGGGGUGAAGGCGCUGCGGGUGGGGAACGUGCACGACAACGUGACGCGGAUGCCGGGGAUCCUGGUGAACGAGGGCGCGCCCGAGGCGGUGCGGCGCGUGGCGGAGCGGCUGCUGCGGGUGCCCUGGUGCUACUCCCACGUCGGCGUGGAGCUGGCGCUCGACCACAAGCGCUCGCCCUUCCUCAAGGACACGCUGGACCCGGCGUGCUACCACGACCUCGAGGCGCACCUCCACCUCAUCGACGGUGCACUGUCGACCUCGUCACGGCGCCCAUAAACAACACACCUCGUGGAUCCGGCGGCGCAGGGCCAUAGCUAGCUGGUGGUACCGUGCCAGGCUGACCGGAUCGAAGCAAGAAGACCCACCCGGGCUCAUUGAACGUGCUCUCUCUCGGUCUCACUGCAACAACCACGGAGCCCCAUCAGCGUCCGUGGAUGGCUGGAGAUCGGAGUGUUGGACACGUCUGACGCCGCAGUUAAUGUGAUAAUAAAAAGGCUGUCCCUUAAUUGCCCAGCUACCAACCGGUUUAGUACAUGCACGUCGCUUGCACGUGCUUCACCACCUCCGGUCCGUGGCGGCUGGUCAGACCAAAUACUCCCUCCGUAUCCUAAAUAGACGACGUCCUGGAGGCCAAGGCCAGUUGCGUCAAAAAAUGAUGUUCUGGAGGACGAUCCAAACUUUGGACGUGAUUGCCCCUAGCUAGGCACGCGCGCCGGCCGUUCGCAUGCUGGUUUCCUCGUCAUUAAUCGCGCACGCGGACUACUUCAUCUCCCUCACACGGAGUACUACUUCGUUUCGUCGCUAUGGACACCAGCAGCGCUCGGAUGCUGGUCGCCGCGGACGGUGUCAGGGCGGAGUCGGAGGCACUCGCCGCGGAGGACAUCGGGCCAGAGUCGGAGGAGGUCGCCGCAGACGACGUCGUCGACCCGCUGCUGUCCGUGGACGACUCCGACCCGCUGCUCUCCGUCGCGCAGGAUUCAUAGGAUCCGAACGAGGUCAUUGUGGUGCUCGCCGCGGACGGCAUGGUGCCGGAUUCGCAGGAGGUGGCCGCGGACGGUGUGGCGCUGGUCUCGCAGGAGCCGGACGAGGGCAUCACGCCGGAGUUGCUGGAGCUCCCGCCGGACUCCAUGGAGGUGGUGCCGGAUUCCUUGCCGCCAGGGGCGUUUGUAUGCGGUCGCUGUGGUCUCGUUCAUGAGGAUCGCGAAGCAUGGAACCGUGCACACUCGCGGUUCUAUCCAUGCCGCACCAACGCAGUGGCAAAAAUGUGCACGAAACUAACAAAAAGGAAUGAGCGAACGCGCGCGGCAGGCAGCGAGCAAAACCAAAAUAAAUCUCGAAUCGGCGACCCCGCGCCUCGGGACCAGCUUCCGUGACCGAUUGAGCAGCAUUUGUUUUAUGCUCAGGGUGCGCCCGACACCAUAUUUAAUAAAAGAAAACAUGGAAAAGUUACCUAAUCACUCCUUGGUAUGCUAACUCAUGUCAUAAACGUUGUCUUUUUAGGAUACGGUGGGAGUACUAUAAUCGUCGCCAUCCACAGUGACUCUGCUGCAGUAGAUUUAGGCCCCGUUUAGUUCAAAAAAAAUUUCUACAGUACUCAUCACAUCGAAUUUUUAUACAUAUGCUUGGAGCAUUAAAUAUAAUUAAAAAAAUAAAUAAUUACAUAGUCUAACUGAUUAGCAUGAGACGAAUCUUUUAAGCAUAGUUAGUUUAUAAUUAGACAUUAAUUACUAAAUAACAAUGAAAGUGCUACAAUGUCAAAACCCAAAUAUUUUCGCGAACUAACUUUUAAUAAGCCGUGUCUUCUCCUGCAACCUCUCUUGAUAAUGUGUUGUCUUGCGUGUGUGCUUGCUUGUGCGC